CGGGGUCUUGGCUGAGGGAGAAGAAGCAGCGAGUGCGCAUGCUCAGUCCUUUCGCGCCGCAGCUCUUCACCCGGUGGCCGAGAUGUUGAUGCCCAAAAAGGACCGAAUUGCUAUCUAUGAGCUCCUCUUCAAGGAGGGGGUAAUGGUGGCUAAGAAGGAUGUGCACAUGCCGAAACAUCCAGAGCUGGCUGAUAAAAAUGUGCCAAACCUGCACGUAAUGAAGGCCAUGCAGUCUUUGAAGUCUCGUGGUUAUGUAAAGGAGCAGUUUGCUUGGCGACAUUUCUACUGGUACUUGACCAACGAGGGCAUCCAGUAUCUGCGCGACUACCUUCACCUUCCCCCAGAAAUUGUUCCCGCUACCCUGCGUCGUCAGACCCGCCCUGAGACUGCUCGGCCAAGACCCAAAGGUCUGGGUGAGGAGAGACCAGCUCGUCUUCGUGGUGAAGCUGACCGAGACAGCUACAGGCGUGCUGCUCCCCCUGGUGCAGACAAGAAGGCUGAGGCUGGUGCUGGUGCAGCCACAGAGUUCCAGUUUAGAGGUGGAUUUGGCCGUGGUCGUGGGCAGCCUCAAUAAAUCUGUACAAUUUACUGUGUAAAAUAAAAGUCUUUUGAAAUAUU